AUGGCAAUUAAUUCAUCGAUUCUCUUAACCAUAUUCCCUCUCUUUCUCCUCUUGAGCCUCACCGAGGCCGGAAUCCCCGGUGUCUACUCCGGUAGCUCUUGGCAAACCGCUCACGCCACUUUCUAUGGUGGCGAUGACGCUUCCGGAACCAUGGGUGGCGCGUGUGGAUACGGGAAUUUAUACAGCCAAGGAUACGGAACUAACACCGCAGCGUUAAGCACGGCGUUGUUCAACAGUGGCUUAACCUGUGGUGCUUGCUUUGAAAUCAAAUGUGUCAAUGAUCCUAAAUGGUGUCACUCAGGUGCUCCUUCUGUCUUCGUAACCGCAACUAACUUUUGUCCACCAAACUUAGCUCAGCCUAGCGACAAUGGCGGCUGGUGCAACCCGCCACGUGCUCACUUCGACCUCGCCAUGCCCGUUUUCCUCAAGAUCGCUGAAUAUCGCGCCGGCAUUGUCCCCAUCUCCUACCGCAGAGUGGCAUGUAAGAAGAGUGGAGGGAUAAGAUUCACGAUCAACGGUCACCGUUACUUCAACUUGGUUCUGAUCACGAACGUAGCCGGAGCCGGAGACAUCGUGAGGACGAGCGUGAAAGGAUCAAAGACUGGUUGGAUGAGUUUAACUAGGAACUGGGGACAAAACUGGCAGUCUAAUGAUGUUCUCGUUGGUCAGUCACUUUCGUUCCGUGUCACAACCAGUGACCGUAGAAGUUCUACUUCAUGGAACAUCGUACCUUCGAACUGGCAGUUUGGACAAACCUUUGUCGGGAAAAAUUUCAAGGUCUAA